ACAUCCAUCAUACCCUUGUGCUCCUCCAGUACAAGAGUAAACACAAAGAAGUCCCUGCCUCUCUCAACAAGUUUCCUCCUUCACUCUUCUUCUUCUUUCAUAGCCUCUCUCAAACUCUCUCCUCUUCGUUCACACUCAGCAAUCAUGCCUACAGUGACUGUAAAAUGGCAAAAAGAGUUGUUAAAAAAGGUGGAAAUUGAUCCAAGUCUCCCACCACUAGUCUUUAAAUCGCAGUUGUAUGAUCUUACUGGAGUGCCUCCAGAAAGGCAAAAGAUUAUGAUUAACGGUGGUUUGUUAAAGGAUGAUGAUGAUUGGUCGACAUUAAAUGUAAAAGAGGGGCAAAAACUAAUGAUGAUGGGAACUGCGGAUGAGAUUGUGAAAGCUCCAGAGAAGGGUCCUGUUUUUAUGGAAGACCUCCCGGAAGAAGAACAGGCCGUUGCUGUGGGACACACUGCUGGUUUGUAUAAUUUGGGAAACACGUGCUACAUGAACUCUACCCUGCAAUGCUUGCAUUCAGUUCCUGAGUUGAAAUCUGAGCUAAUUAAGUAUCCUGGAAAAACCAAUGACUUGGAUCAGUCUUCACAUCUACUGACUAUUGCAACCCGGGAUCUGUUUGGCGAGCUAGAUCGAAAUGUGAAACCUGUCUCCCCGAUGCAGUUUUGGAUGAUGUUGCGGAAAAAGUAUCCACAGUUUGGCCAGCUGCAUAAUGGAGCCUUCAUGCAACAGGAUGCGGAGGAAUGUUGGACCCAAAUCAUGUAUACUCUUUCACAGUCUCUUAAAGCACCAAAUGGCAGUGAAAAUCCUGAAGCUGUGAAGAAACUUUUUGGAAUUGAUCUUGUCAGCAGGGUGCAUUGUGCAGAAAGUGGUGAAGAAAGCUCAGAGGCAGAGUCAGUAUACUCACUUAAAUGCCAUAUCUCCCAUGAAGUAAACCAUCUGCACGAGGGAUUAAAGCAUGGCCUGAAAUCAGAGUUAGAAAAGGUUUCACCUUCCUUGGGGCGCAGUUCAAUUUAUCUGAAAGAAUCACGCAUCAAUGACUUACCAAGGUAUUUGACCGUCCAGUUUGUUCGAUUUUUCUGGAAGAGGGAAUCAAACCAGAAAGCAAAGAUUUUGCGGAAAGUGGACUACCCAUUGGAGUUGGAUGUGUAUGAUCUGUGCUCGGAUGAACUUCGCAAAAAGUUGGAAGUUCCACGCAAGCUUUUGAGAGAUGAGGAAGGAAGGAAAGCUGGUCUGAAAAUUGAUGAAAAGAAGUCAAAAGACACUGAUGUCAAGAUGCUUGACGCAGAGGGAUCAUCAAGUGCAAAAGGGGAAUCAUCGGCCGCUUCAUCUCAGGAAGGUGCUACUUCUGAAAGUGAGGGGCAAUUAACUGGAGUUUAUGAGUUAGUUUCUGUCUUAACGCAUAAAGGAAGGAGUGCUGACUCAGGGCAUUACGUUGCUUGGGUAAAACAAGAAAGUGGUAAAUGGAUUCAAUUCGAUGACGACAAUCCGAUUCCACAACGCGAAGAAGACAUUACAAAACUCUCUGGUGGAGGUGACUGGCAUAUGGCAUACAUUUGCAUGUACAAGGCUCGUGUUAUCCGUAACUAGGUAGGUUCUCAGUUUAUUUAACAUCAACUGAGGUAUCACUUUUUAUGGUUGAUAACCGGGAGAGAUUUUCAAGGGGAAACUUUAUUUUAUAACUGAAAAUAGUUUGUAUACUUUUGAGUCCCCCUCCCUAAAGGAUUUACAGAAAUAGCCAUUGUUUUCUUCUAUAUUAUUCAAUUUGAUCUUUUCCGUACUGUCAGCACGCAACCUGAUAGCCAUUUGUUUGCCAUGAUAGCUUCUCAGUUAGCUCUUCAUACUUGGUUCUGAUA